AUAUACUUCCGGGUCACGGAACGCAGAGACUUCGCUCCCGCUUUGUUCGUGUUUAUGAGGAGGGAAAUAAGUUUGUAAAAAUGUCAGACGAGGACGAAUCUGCUCCAGUCAUGAAGAGGAGUCGCAUUUUCUACGGCAGCCUGGAGGAGAAGGAGCGAGAGCGCCUCAGCUUGGCAAUGGCGAGCAGUGUAGGAAAAGGAGGUGAUGCAGUGAAGGCGGGGAUUAAAGCAGGAAACAUCAACUUCUCCUCAGGAGAGACCUUGGAGAUGGAGGAGCGGAUCAGUGAGAGGCAGCAAGAAGUGCUGGCUGAGUUUGAGAGACGCCGGCGAGCACGGCAGAUCACCGUGUCCACUGAUGACGCCGAGGUUAAGGCCGGCCUCCGAGCGUUGGGAGAGCCAAUCACUUUGUUCGGGGAGGGACCAGCUGACCGCCGUGAGCGGCUGCGCAGCGUGCUCUCUGUCGUUGGUCCAGAUGCGCUGAAGAAGUCCAGGAAAGACGAAGAGAGGGUCAAGAGGUCAAAAGAUGAGUGCCUGCAGACGUGGUACCAUGAAGGCCCCGCCUCCCUGAAGGAAGCUCGACUCUGGUUGGCUAGAUACUCUCUGCCUCUAGCCACGAAGCGUCUGGAAGCUGCACGCGCUCAGAAGGAUGUUCCUGAUGCGACCAGGACGAUCCGCCAACAGGAGCUGCAUAAGACCCUGAGGCGAUGAGCCGGUGGCAGACAUCGAGGGUCACAGUGAUCGCGUGUCUCGGGUUUCCUGGCAUCCUUCUGGAAGAUUCCUGGGAACGACCUGUUAUGAUAACUCGUGGCGUCUGUGGGACCUGGAGGUCCAGGAGGAGAUCCUCCAUCAGGAGGGUCACAGUAAAGGAGUUCAUGACAUCAGCUUCCAUCCUGAUGGUUCACUGGCUGCAACAGGAGGGCUCGAUGCCUUUGGCAGAGUGUGGGACUUGCGAACGGGCCGCUGUGUUGUUUUCCUCGAGGGCCACCUGAAGGAGAUCUACAGUCUGCACUUCAGCCCUAACGGCCAUCACCUGGCAACAGGAAGUGGUGAUAACACCUGCAAGGUUUGGGAGUUGCGCAACAGGAAGUGUCUAUACACAGUCCCCGCCCACCAGAACCUGCUGUCGUCAGUCCGUUUUCAACCCACUGAUGGUCACUUCCUGUUGACCGGAGCGUACGACAACACGGCGAAGGUUUGGAGUCACCCAGGCUGGAUGCCACUGAAAACGCUUGCUGGACACGAGGGGAAGGUGAUGGGCGUGGACGUGUCACCUGAUGGGAAACUGAUUGCCACCUGCUCAUACGACCGAACCUUUAAACUCUGGCUGUCAGAAUGAUGUAAUCAAAUGAGAGAACUUGU